AGGCCCCGCCCACAGAGGCCCCGCCCACAGAGGGCCCGCCCACAGAGGCUCGCCGACCGGCGUGCUUUGCGCCUGCCCAGUCCGGUGCGGGAGCGACGUGUUCCAAGGUUGCUACCGAGACUGACUGCAUCCAGUGACUUGUCUGUGUCCUCAGACUCUGUAUUUGGUGAUACCACCAGCUACAUAACAAAAAAUGUUUCGGAAGAGUUGCUGUACACCUGGCUGCCAGAUGGAGAGCUGAUUCUGUGAAACCUGAGGUGUCUGACUCUGGAUGGAACCCCUCCUCUCAGCCACAAGGCAGUAUCUCACUUCAGUUAAGAACCUCGUGGCCCCAGACGCUGUGUAGCCCGCAACCUGACAGAACCUAUCAGCUGACUUCUCUUAUUCCUGGCCAAUUUAUCAGCAGAGACAGUACUCAUGGCUGGUCCUCUGUGGAGGGCUGCAGCCUUUAUACAGAGACACAGGACAGGCCUAUUGGUGGGUUCCUGUGCAGGCCUGUUUGGGGUUCAAAUCUCAUUUCACCUCUUCCCAGAUCCCGUAGUCCAGUGGCUCUACCAGUACUGGCCCCAGGGCCAGCCAGCUCCCCUUUCCCCUGCUCUGUGGAACCUUUUCCAAGAGGUGCUCAAGGACAUGGGUAUCCCUCCAGGUCACCGCUACAAGCCUUUUACCGCCUUCACUUUUCAGCCUGUGAGUGCUGGUUUCCCACGGCUGCCUGCUGGGGCAGUGGUGGGAAUCCCUGCCAUCUUCCUGGGUGGUCCCGUGACCAACAUGGAACACACUGUAAUCAUACACGGGCAAAGAGUGGAUUGGCAAAGCCCAGCAGGUGCCAGGCUGAGAGAUGCUCUCACCCUGUCUCACGAUGCCCAGAAGUUUGCCUUGGCCAAGGAGGUGGUAUACCUGGAGAGUGGUGUGGCCGCCCUGCAGACCCUGCCGGCCCCCGCUUGCCUAGUGGGAACAUGGGUAAUAAGUGUGGGUGCCAAGCAUGCCCUGGGGCUCUAUGGAGGCCCCGUGAGCUUGCGAGCCGCCUUCAACUUGGUGGCAAUAGUGGUAGGCUACGUAGCCUAUACCUUUUCCAAGGACUCCCUCACCGUUGCCCUGGAAGGCUGGCUGGACCGCCGCACGGCCUCUCUGUCUGCGGCCUAUGUCCAGGGUGGAGUGGAAUUCUAUGAGAAGAUUCUGUCAGGCAACUUAGCCCUACGCAGUCUUUUGGGCAGACAAGGAGAAAAGCUGUACACACCAAGUGGCAACAUUGUCCCCAGACACUGGUUCCGCAUCAACCAUUUGCCCUACACCACCCGCCGGGACUCUCUCCAACAGAUGUGGAGGGCGACAGUCAACCUAGGCCGCUUCUGAGAAUCCAGGCAGCAGGGAAGUCCCGGCUGGCAUAGGCACUGCCUCGUGAUGAACUCAGGGGGAAUCUCUUGAUGUGGUUGUAUCCACAGCCCAGGGUCAGAAGAGUGACCAUCAUCGGAGUGAAACAACUGAACUCUGUUCUCGCCAUGAAUAGACUCUGGCUGAGCGUGAGUCCCUGUACGAAUCCUGAGUCUUGUUUACCUCAACUGUGAAGUGGGAAGGGCUGAUUAUAGGGUCGCAUGAGAUUGUGAGCCUGAGGGCCUGGUAGAAAGCAGCAUAAAUAAACAGGGCUUUCUUCCUUUGUGGUCUCCGGAUUCCAAAGGGCUGUGGAAGUCAAACCAUGAGUCACCACCAGGCUUGUUUCUGACUUAGCCACCCUUUCUUUCCUGCAGUGGAGAACUGUCCCAAUCUACCGGAUGUCAUGUAGCUCAUUUAUUCCUUGCCUUUAAUCCUCGGAUAAGAAACCCUUAGCAGGGCGAGGUGAGGAGACCUGUGUUCACAGAGCCAGGACUAACUUGGCCAUUCAAGUCAUCUCCUUGGAAAUGACCUCUUCCAAGGCUGCUAGCCCAGGUCCAGUAUAACUCGGAGGAUAGCCCACACUGUAGAAGGGCGCUCUGUGGUAGCUGGGAGAACACCUUAAAAGGAGAGCGAGCCAGGUAGGCCGAAGAGUGGCAGAGUAGGAUACCACUGGCUUCUGCUCAGACUUCGUCCGUGGUUUAGAGCUGAGUGCCCUGCCAGCCACAGGUCCUUCCCCUGGGCAUGGCACACUGAGCUCUUGAGGACAAGGGACUCUAGAGCAGCAUGCAAUAUGGGCCUGAUAAAUGAAGGAUGUGCUAGCUUUCUCUUCCGUCGAUGUGAUAAAAAGACUCUGACCAGAAGCAAGUCCAGUAGGAGAGGUUUACACUUCCAGGUCAUAUACGAUCCAUCUCUGAGGGAAGUCACGGCAGGAACUCAAAUCAGGCCCGAAGUCAGGAACCAUGGAAGCAUGCUGCCUUCUGGUGAUUGGCUCACAGGCUCUGCUUAGCUAGCUUUCUUAUACAACCCAAGACUACCUGCCUACCGACGGUACCAUCUACAAUUGGCCUCUCUGUCCGCUAACAGUGGAGAUAAUCCCCCGUAGACACAGAGACUGAUCUGAUCCAGGCAAUUCUUUAAUUGAGGCUUUCCCUUCUCAGGAUUGUAGGCUUUGUCAAGUUGACAGACCUAACCUGACAGAUGGGUAAAGUCGUUUCUCGAUGGAUGGCUCUCCAUCCAGGCUAACAACACUCCACAGACAUGGGGGUAUCUCUCAGUCACUGCCGUUGCCGCAGGCUAGCUAAGGGUCAAAAGGCCAUCUCAACACCCCGGUGGAAAAGUCUAGACACUGAGGGCUCCAACUUCUUGGCAUUUAACACUACACCAUCUACUCUUAAUCUUGCGAGGAACCAAGAUGGUGGCAGCAGGCCUCUCUACUUAUUUGCUCAAGUGCUAGGGUUUAAAUAUGGAAGCUGCGUCCCCAUUGGUGGCAAUGUUGAAAGUAGGGAAAUCUUUGAGAGGUGGGGCCCAGUGGGAGGUGAUGAGGCCCUUUGGGGUGUCAUCUUCAGGAAGGAUUUGGGCUGGUCUUGCACAGCUUGCUCGGGCAGGCAUAAGUAACCAAGGCUUUGGUUUGCUUUAGGUUUUGACACGAGGUCUCACUGUUGCCCAGUGUGCUCUCAAACUCAUGGGUUCAAGGGGUCUUGCCAGCUCAGCCUCCUGAGUAGCCGGUGCUGCAAAUGAACCAACCACCCCCCACCAAGCACAGGUUGUUAGAAUAAGAGCAAGGCCAACACAGAGUGUGGUGGUACACAUCUAGAAUCGCAGCAUUUGGGAGGUUUGGGCAGGAGGAUUACUAGUUUGAGGCCAGCGUAUGCUACAUAUGGAAACCCUGUCUCAGAAUGACAAGAAACAUGGCAUGGUGCCUCACACUUGUGAACCCCAACUCUUGGCAGGUUGAAGGGGUUAGAGGUUAAUAUGGGUUACUUAGUGGUGAAUUCCAGUCAAGACUGAGAGCUAGGCCAAGACCCUAUCCAAAGAGUGAGUCCUUCCCCAAUGGCUUCCUGAUGUUGUGCCCUCUUCCAUGACACCUUCCUCAGGGGACCACCAGAGAUGGGCAGAAAGAAGCAGGCGAGGUUUUCCAGAACCUCCAGAAUUAUGAGCUAAAUAAACCUCUUUUUUAAAAUAAA